CCCGUACAAAAUUUUACCUUUUGGCUUUUACCCUUUCGCUACAUUUACAUUUUCGUCUUUCACUCUCUCUAUUCUGGAGUCUGGACCAAAGACGACUUUCAAACUCCUUGAAAAGAAACGCUUCUUCUCCUUCCCCUUCUCCGCCUCUCCUUUCUGAUUCUCUGCCAUUGUUUCUUCCUUCUCCACUCUCUCUCCGCGGAGAGAGAAGAAAAAAGGCGAAAUAGAAAAAGGAAACGUUUUUAUCGUUGAUGAUCAGAGUGAAAACCGUGGCUUUGGAAGCUUAAUAGUCGGUUCUUGGCAGAAAACAGAUUGGAACCAGAGGAAUAUGGGUUCAUGUGUAUCAGUUCACAAGGCCGCUGGGACGCCAGAGUCCGCCAUGAAAAUGGGUGUUUCCUUUGGAAGUUCCAAAGGGGACAAGCUCGAGAAGCUCGUCGUCCUCCCUGAAUCCCCUGUCAAGGAAAAGCUCGUCACUUCCGCCGUAACCGUCGACGACCUUCCAAUCAAGCGCUUCCACAGCUACGGCAGUAAAGAGGAUACAUUCUUUGAUUCCCAGCCCUGGUUGGAAUCUGAUGGGGAAGACGAUUUCCAAAGUGUCAGGGGCAAUUUCACGCCAUCUCGUGGGAGCACUCCAGUUCAUCACAGUUUUGCAAUGGGAACCCCUAAAAGUAACAAACCGGUGCUCGAGGUGACACCUCCUGAUCAUUCAAUACCCGAGCCAACCCCUCAAAGGAACAAACCGGUGCUCGAGGUGACACCUCCUGAUCAUUCAAUACCAGAGCCAUCCCCUACAGGGAAGAAGAAGAAGAGACUUUCUGAACUUUUCCAAGACAGCAUGAGGGAGCGCAGUACAGAAGACAAUGAAUCCACUCCCAAAUCUGCGGAGGACACACCAUAUAUCUCCGGUGUCAACUCUGUCUGCAGCAGCGAAAGGACUCCCAAUGGGAAAGCUCUAGUGGAAGAGAAAUGGUUUAACAAGUCGAUGCAAGGUUGCCUCCCAAGCUUGGUCUCCUGCCAUAGUUUUAGUUAUAGGAAGAAGAAGAUGAUGAGCCCCCCAGCAGCUGUGGCAGUAAAUGGUGUGGCUUAACGAAGAAGUCACCCAUCUUGGUUCACAAUGCUUAUGUAUAUCGAUCUUUUCUACGACUUCACUCUUUGUCAGCCAGAUAAUGUAUAGUACCCCCCAUGAGACUAAAGGACAUGAAAAUGAAGUUGAGGCUGCAGGAGGAUUAAAACCUCUCACAUCAUCAACCCCUAGUGAAGGUUAUGUGACAUCCUCAAGCUCAUAGAUUUUUCUUUCUUUCGUUUCCGAAGGAUAUAUCAGUCACUCUCAAAUAAUGAGCUUGUAUUGGUGAUGACAUUGAUCUUCAUGUAUCUAUGAUAACUACAAGGAAGAGAUCUUUAUUUAAUCCUUCUGCAGGCAGUCAGAAUCCUGCAGAGUAUUCACA